AUGGCGUUCCUCGGCGACCGGUGCUGGGUGGCGUCGGGGAACGAAGCUUUGGUAUGGGAGCGCGGGACCGUCGAGCGCCGGUCCGACGCCGGCGGCGUCGUCGCCAUCGGCGUGCGCCUCGAGGGGAGCGACGCCCUCUGGGAGUGCGACUUCGCGAGUCCCGGUGCGCUGGACGCGGCGAUCAAGCCCUGCAACGCGGAGAAGCCGCUGGCCGUGCCGGACCUCAUCGCGCUGACGCACCUCCACGAGGCCGCGAUCCUCGACGUCGUCCGCGCGCGCGCGGCCGCGGGCGUCAUCUACACGGCCGUGGGCCAGAUCCUGCUGGCCGUGAACCCCUACAAGCCGCUCCCGCGGCUUUAUGGGGAUGACGCGCUCAAGGCCUACCGCGCGGCGGAGUCGGCGUCGGCGCUCGCGCCCCACUGCUACGGCGUCGCCGCCGCCGCGUACCGGGCGAUGCGGCGCACGGCGCUGGGCGCGCUCGCGGGGCCCCGGGACCAGGCCAUCCUCAUCUCCGGCGAGUCCGGCGCGGGCAAGACGGAGACGACGAAGUUCGUCAUGCGCUUCCUGGCCUGCGUGUCGUCCGGCGCGACGUCCUUCGAGGCCGUCGGCGCCGCGGGCAUCGAGGCCAGAGUAUUGAGCACGAACCCGCUCACGGAGUGCUUCGGCAACGCGCGGACGCGGCGCAACGACAACUCGAGCCGCUUCGGCAAGUGGAUCUCGCUCAAAUAUGAGCCUCCAAAGUUGGACAUGUCGCACUCUUUUCCCGCCCAGGUGCGCAUCUUCCUGUUGGAGAAGGUCCGCGUCGUCACGCAGACCGAGGGCGAGCGGGGCUUCCACGCCUUCUACCUCGCCCUGGCGCGGUGCGGCGUCGAAACCGACCUCGCGGUCGAGUCGUGCUGCGUCUGCGGCAGCUCGUGCGGCGUCGACUCGCGGCGCGACGGCGUCCGGGACGCGGACGCGUACGACGACGCGUCGGCGGCCUUUGGCGCGGCGCUGGCGCCCGGGGACCGCGACGACGCCUUUGGGAUCGUGGCGGGGCUGCUGCACUUCGGGGGCGCGGGCUUUUUGAAGGACGGCGACGGCGCGCGCGUCGACCCGGCGACGGUGCCGCGCGUCGCCGCGGCGGCCGCGGCGCUGGGCGUGGCGCCGGCGGACCUCGAGCGGGCCUGCCUCGAGCGCGAGCUCGUCACGGCGGAGGACACGCUGACGCUCCGCUUCGGGCCGCGCGGCGCGUCGCGGAACCGCGACUCGGUCCUCAAGGCCGUCUACGCGGCCGCCUUCGACGACCUCGUGGCGAAGAUCAACGGCGCCCUCGCCGCGGGCGCCGGCGCCGACGGGGCGUCGGCCAUCGGUUUGUUGGACAUCUUCGGCUUCGAGGUCUUCGGCGUGAACUCGCUCGAGCAGCUGUUGAUUAACUACGCGAACGAGCAGCUCCAGAGCGUCUUCAACGACUUCAUCUUCGAGCUCGAGCGCGAGGAGUACGCCGCCGAGGGCGUGCCCUUCGACGACGUCGACUUCCCGGACAACGCCGACGUCCUCGCGCUCAUCGAGGGCGCGGCCGCGGCGGCGGCCGCGCCGAAGCGGCGCCGGUCGUCGAUGCCGCUCGCGGGGGCCCCCGGCCCGCCGCCCAGGGCCAAGGGCCGGUCCCUGUCGGCGAAGCUGCGCGACGCCUUCGGCGGCGAGGACACGUUCCUCUGCGACGCGCGGCGCGCGCGCGACGGCGCGUUCGCCGUGGUCCACUACGCGGGCGCCGUCGAGUACGCCGUCGACGGGUUCGUCGCGAAGAACGCGGACGCGCUGCCGUCGAACGCCGCGGGCCUCUUCGCGAGCUCGUCGCUGGCCGUCGUCCGCGCGGCCGCGGGCGUCGGCGCGCCGUCGCCGCGCGCGAAGCCCCGGCGCCGCGGGUCGACGCUCGCGCUCGGCACGCUCGCGGCUCGCUUCAAGGCGUCGCUCGGCGCGCUCCUCGGCGAGAUCCGCGCGACGCGGCCCCACUUCGUGCGGUGCCUCAAGCCCAACGACGACCUCGCGCCGGACGUCUUCGACGCGCCGCGGCUCCUGCAGCAGCUCCGGUACUGCGGCGUCCUCGCGGCCGUCGAGGUCGCGCGCGCGGGCUACCCCGUGCGCGUCCUCCACGAG